GAAGUACGGCAACUGUCAUUGCCGAAGUAUUGUAGGGCAGCGCUCUGCGCUGCACGGCUAUCCGCCGAUUAAUACUUCCUUAUCCUCUGCUUUACCGCAGAGACUCCUAUUCCUAAAGAGCCCGCCCGCCUCCCUUAUGCCCAGGCCCCCGCCAUCCGCCACGGGCCGCGCCCGCCCCGCCGCGCCCAGCGGCAGCGCCCCUGGCGCCCUCCCCAGCACGGGCGCCGGCCGCGGGCGGGGCCGCGGUGCCCACCGCGGCCGCGGUUCCAAGCCCCGCGCCGCCGCGCCCGCCGCCGCGCCUGUCCCGCUGCCGAGCGGCCGCGGCCGCGGUCGCGGCCGUGGCGCGCCCCAGCCCAGCGCGCCGCCGUCCGUGACCACGCGCUCUCGCGCGCGCGCCACGCGGGCGCCGUAGCCCGGCCGGGCCGCCGGCCAUCACGCCGGCGCCGGCCGGCCACCGCCGGCGGCCUCUAGGGCCGCCGCGCGCCUUACCACUGGCCCAGGCCCAGGUGUAUCCGCAUGUCGCAUGUUGUGCUAGUGCGCGGGUGCCUGUCUGCCUGCCAUGUUUGUUGCCGCGUACCUUGCCGGCCUACGUCGCCGGGAGCAUCGUUGUUCGGUUGCGGUGCAUUGCCGGCCACUCGUGUGGCUUGGUAUGUUUGAGGGUAUUGCCGGCCACUAGUGUGGCUUGGUAUGUUUGAGGAGUAUUGCCGGCCACUAAUCCGGUAUGUUUGAGGAGUAUUGCCGGAGUGGGACAGCCACGCCAGUCGGGGGGCAAAGGUCCUGGUGUACCGGCUGCAACAUGCUUACC